AUGGCAGAUUAUUUCCGACAACAUCCCGGCUCGGCCUGCGAAGAGUGUCGACGACGCAAAGCAAGGUGCGACAGGUCCAGACCCUGCUGCGGCAGCUGCAGCGAGGCCGGGAGACUGUGUAUCUUCAGUGACCAGCGGGCGCAGCGAGGGCCCAAAAAAGGCCAGAUCAGGGCCCUUCGGGACAGAAUUAAUACUCUGGAGCGUCUCCUUUCCGAGCAGCAACCUCUAGAGGAAUCCUUCACAACGGCAAUUGACCCAGCAGUUACAGGACAACUGAUAGAGUCGCCGGACAUUACAAACAUUGGCAUCCCCCCUCUCUGGGAAUUCGAUGCGAACUUUCCAAUGGCCAUCGAGCCAUUGUCGCCAGAAAUGAGAGAGGCUCCAGGGGAAACCGGUCUGACAUGGAAAAGCAAUCGGAAGGUCAUCCAACCAAGCGAUGAGGGUCAGAUAUCAGCACUUGUGCAGGAAGAUGCGUAUGUGGCGUUUGAGAUACCAUAUGCUGGGUAUUCGGACUGA